CUCAAACCAUCAGUCAAUAAAAUCAAUCAAUCAAUAGUUAUGCUUCAAAUAAAUGACAGGGUAUUAACUAAAAUAAUUAAGAGCUGCAAGUGCUCUCACAUUCUCAAACAUGUAACCUGACACUUGUGUUUCAGAGGUCUGGUCACGUUGUCUCUCUAUUUUUAUCACUCUGACAGACAUGUAACCCAGUGAGUUCCACUGAUUUGGCUGAACACCACCGUACAAGUACAAGCAUGUCUCCUACUUGAUGCCAUCCUGCCCUAAAAUAGGUUUCACUGACUUUCAUCAUUAUGGGGAGAGAGAGAACCCCCGCGUCAAAGUUGCACAGGCACUGUGAGAGCUGCUACAGCCGGCGCUGCAGGGCUCCUGUUGAAAUCGCAGUGUCAUGUGUGAUCAUCAACUGCCGGGCGCUCUGUGGAGCGACCUUUCACCUGUGCAAAGAGGAGGAACAUGCCCUUCUGUGCCCGAAUGAGAAAGUGCCCUGCCUCAACGUGCACAAUGGCUGCCCCUUCACAAUGUGUCGCUCAAGACUGGCAAAGCACCUUGAGGUGUGUCCAGCCAGUGUGGUGUCCUGCUCCAUGGAAUGGAACCGCUGGCCUGUUGAGGACAUGCACCUGGCCUUCUACGAAAACAUCCUGGACGAGCCGUACACCGAGGAGCCACUGGAUUUUGCCAUGGCUCUGAGAGACCAAAGACACUUGUUUCAGUCUCUGAAGAUGAAGGCCAUCUUUCCUGAGCUGAUGGAAAAGGUGGAAGAGGAGCCUCCAAUUCAAAAGGUGGAGCCUCCAAUUGAGGAGCUUGAGGGGGCAGUGGGAGGGGCAACGGAAGAGCCGGCAUUUACAGAUGGUGCCUCUGAUAUGAUGUAUGAAGAAGGGGGGCUUACCCAAGAGGAGGGUGAAGCCGCAAUAUGGGAUUCCAAAGUGAACCUCGGCCGGUACAAUGCCUGGGAGAAAAUGUUUAGCAUGGAACGGAGUGGUUGUAAGCACACAGUCAAAGCUUUAGAAAACGAUCCCACUCCAUCAACUAGGAGGCAUGGACAGGAAAAGAGCUUAGAAACACUUGAGGAAGAACCUCAGAUGAGCAUGAAUGACGUAUUCGCAGAAAACAACAUGUACCAAAUGGAUGAGGAUAAGUUUUUGGUUGCAGCGUGUAUGGACGCGUGUCGAACGACUGUUAAAAAGAAGUUGGCGUAUGAAUGUCGGAAACCUAUGGAGAUCAAAACAACCCGCCCAUUCACCAUCCCCGCCAGCUUUAGAGCCAGGUCCAGCCGUGUCCGAAACCCUUGUACCAUGAUAAAAGUCAGUAAAUCUGUGGACACCUCCGAUUUGGGAGCGGACAUGGACGACAUGCCAAAAUGGGAUGAGGUCCAAGCAACUCUGUUAUGCUCCCUAGAAAAGGAGCAUAGGGGUCACUUGAUAGCUGAAGGCAAUUGUCAUGAGGCACUGUUUUGUAACGUCGGGACUCAGACUUAUGAGUUCCUAUCUGCCCCAUUCCAACAAAACGACACCCUGGCUGACCUCACCGCCGGGAGGGAUCUGAAAUUCCAUGUGGAGAUCGAGGCAGAGAGUGUCAGCAUGAAGCACAACAAGUCCAGCUCUGCCUUCACGUUUCUGUGCAGCCAUUUGUUCCGCAGGGACGAGUUUGCGUCCCACUUCAGGAAUGUGCAUUCUGACAUCCAGUGCAAUGUCAGCGGAUGGUUUGAACAGAGGUGCCCCCUGGCCUACCUGGGCUGCACGUUCAUUCAGAGGAGGCUCCGGCCAGCCUCGCAGGGAGCCAGAGUGUCCUACAACAAGGAUCUGAGUACGUUCACUCUCAGUCUUUACGAGGGUGUAAAGAUGGUGACGUCAGAAAGGAAACGGGCGCGCAACGUGGACUCCUUGAGCAGUCUGCCCUUCGAGGUCCUGGUGCACGUGGCCGGGUUUCUGGACAGCUUCUCCCUGUCCCAGCUGGCCCUGGUGUCGAGGUACACGAGGGAGGUCAGUGCCACUCUGCUGCAUGAGAGGGGAAUUGUCUCCCUGAAGUGGGAGAAAAAGACUUACUCAAACGGCAGAUCCUGCUGGAGAUCAAAGAAAACGGUGUGGCAGUUCAGCAACUGUUUCUCCACUGUGGAUCGCUGGUGCUUUGACACCUGUCCUCCCAUAUCAGAGCACCUGAAAGUCUGCCCAUACUAUGAGUCACAUGAGUGUAAGAAGGACCCGGUGCCACUGACUGGAAUAUUUGACGCUGAAGAGGGCACAGAUAGAACUCAGAGUCUGGUUUCUAUGUUCUUGAGAAAAAACUGACAUUUCCAAAAGUUUUUAUGAUGGUUCAAGUUGAUGUACCUGUAAGUCAAGAUUGGUCAAAUUUCAGUUUCAGCAAACAUUUUUUUGCUCAGUGACCUUUUCUGUUUGCCCAAGGCUGUGUUUUCCAUUGUGAUAUUUAAAAAUCUACACUUAAAACACUACACUGCACACUGUUUCAUGUUUGUAGAUUCAUAAACUCAUUAUAACAUAUUUUCAUGCAACAUUUCAGUGUUCAUGUUACAAGAAUUGUUAAAGAAUAGAUUAUUACAACACUUAAAGUGUAUUCAUUAUAGUGGUAAGGAUGAAACCACAAGGGGAAAGAAAUGACAUUUCCAAAGUUUUUAUGAUGGUUCAAGUUGAUGUACCUGUAAGUCAACAUCGGUCAAAUUUCAGUUUCAGCAAAAAAAAAUUGCACAAUGACCUUUUCUGUUUGCCCAAGGCUGGGUUUUCCAUUGUGAUGUUUAAAACACUACACUGUGCACGCUGUUUCAUGUUUGUAGAUUCAUAAAUUCAUCAUAACAUAUUUUCAUGCAACAUUUCAGUGUUCAUGUAACAAGAAUUGAUGAAGAAUGGAUUAUUACAACAAUUCAAGUUUAUUUAUUAAAGUUGUAAGAAUGAAACCACAAGGUGUGAAAUGUGUCACGU